AUGAGCCGUGCGUGGACUGCGGAGGCGUUCUAUACUCAGUUCGAGGAGCCGCCCGCACUCGCGGAGUAUACGCAGCAUGUGCGUGAGUUUGUUGCGCGGCAUGAUGCCGAGAACCGCAACGUGGUGCUCAUAACGAGUGGCGGAACGACCGUGCCGCUCGAGAAGAAUGUAGUGCGCUUUCUCGACAACUUUUCCGCGGGCACGCGAGGGGCUGCGUCUGCCGAGUACUUCCUCGAGGCAGGCUAUGCGGUCAUUUUCAUGUCGCGGCAGCACUCGCAGUUCCCGUUUACGCGGUGGUACUCACACACGACGAACCCGCUGUUCGACCUGCUCAAGGAGCCCGCGGAAGGCGAAGACACGGUGAGUGUGAGCCAGGACCAUGUCCAGGGGCUCUUACCGAUCCUGCGUGCCUACCACCAGGCAACGCGGCGCGGCCGCCUGCUCACUGUGCCCUUCGUCACGGUGACCGAGUACCUGUUCCUGCUACGGAACGUCAGCCAGGCAAUGGCACCGCUAGGCCACCGCGGCAUGCACUACCUGGCCGCGGCAGUGAGCGACUUUUUCGUGCCGGCCGACAAGCUGUCGGAGCACAAGAUCCAGUCGAGCGACCAGUCGCUGACGCUGCGGCUGGAGCCGGUGCCCAAGGUGCUCGGCACGCUCGUCGACUCGUGGGCGCCUGACGCCUACGUCGUCAGCUUCAAGCUCGAGACCGACGGCGACCUGCUCAUACCCAAGGCAGAGAGCUCGCUGCGUAAGUACGGCCACCAGCUGGUUAUCGGCAACCUGCUGCAGCGGCGCAAGUACGAGAUUGUCCUGGUCGAGCCCCACGACCAUACGUGGAUCCGCCUGCCUACGCCGCCUGCGUCGCGGCGAUAG